UCGAUAGAUCCCCCGAUUGUGUACACCUAUUGGCAUCGAAAAUAGAGAGGGAACACGGUGAAGAAAGGAAGAGGGAAAAGAACGCAAAAAAUAAAGGUUAGCGAAAUCCGUGCGACGAAGAUGACCAGUUUCCGCAAGCGCACCGUGCAGAAGCCGAUCCGAGGCACCCGCACCUCGCCUCACACGGCGCAGGUGAUAACAUCCAGCGGUAAUCCCUAUCUGGACGUGGUCAUUGGAGGCGGCUUACCUAUGGGUUCGAUCUGUCUGAUCGAGGAGGAUCGUUUCAUGACGCACGCCAAGGUUCUGGCCAAGUACUUCCUGGCUGAGGGUGUACUCUCCAAACAAGAGAUAUUUUUGGGAAGCUUGGACGAUAUACCCGCGGAGAUGCUGCGCCGACUGCCCAAGCCACUAACCGAACUGGAGACAGAGGUGGAGCAACGCGAAGAGCAGGCACAAGGCGGUGGUGGAGCCGAAAAUGGCCUCAGGAUUGCCUGGCGGUAUAACGAUCUGCCUUUGGUGAAUUCCGAGCAUGCCACAGCCAAGAUCGGUCAUCACUUCAACUUGAUGGAGCAAAUGGAUUCAAUGAUGCUCUACUAUACCAAUACAACCAUGUGGGACGAUAGCCACAAGGAGCCAGACAUUGUAAUUGCGGAGGAGUACUCCAAGAGCAGCUCUCCGAACUCUUCGUCGCUGGAGCAGCAGCCAGUGGAAGAUGCUCCACCAAUUCCAGGCUUAGACACCACUUCGCAAGAAAAGAUUCCGCCCCAGGAGGAGACCUCUGUCAACAACAACAAUAACAACAAUAGCAGCAGCGUGACCAGCAGCACAAAAACAGGGAGCCAGGAGUCGCAAUCGCAGGUCUUCCAUAAUGCACGAUACGGAGGACUGCUUAACGAUAUCCAACAAUUGCUACGGGAUGAAAGUUUCGUGGCUGGGACCAAGAAGAACCUGUGCCGUGUCUGCCUGACUUCGUUGGGUUCGCCACUGUGGUACGACGAUAACUUUGGCGAGGAUCUUAUCAAGUUCCUCACCCUACUGAUGGCCAGUGUGCGGAACUGCAACUCGGUGUGCCUGAUCACAAUGCCCAUGCACCUGAUUGCCAAGUACGAUGCUAGUCUGGUGCCCAAGAUCCGCCAGCUAGUGGAUUAUGCUAUUGAGCUGGAGUCGUUUGCUGGAUCAGAGCGUGAAACGCAUCCAGCUUUUAAGGAGUACAGUGGCCUGCUCCAUUUGCACAAGAUGUCGGCACUUAACACGCUGGCUGUCCAUAUGCCGGACACCACGGAUCUGGCCUUCAAGUUGCGCCGCAAGAAGUUCGUCAUCGAGAAGUUCCACCUGCCGCCUGAGUUGCAGGAGACAUCUGCCAAACCGGAUAGUUGCAUCUCCGGUCUACUGAGCAAUUCCAAUGCCACAGCCUCGCUGGAUUUCUAGCUGUCAGCGGAAUUAGAAACUAAGAUUGCGUAUGUAACCACGAAAAAACAACAAAAUUGCAUAAUAAUAAGCCAAGUAAAUGCAUUAAUAUAUCAGCCCUGAUUUUGUACCAUUUUGAAAACAAA